UUAUGUUUUACGAAUUUAGUGUUCAAGUGUAACUAAAGAGUGAUUAGUGCUAAAUGCGAUAGUUUUGCUCUUCGAUACUUUGUUUUCCACGUCUAAUUUCGCGAAAAUGCGGUCUAUAAUUUGAACGUUAUUGAACCAUUGCAUAUUUUGUAUGUGUAUCGUCUUUUAUGCUAUGCUAGUUCUCACUCUCGCACUAUGUUUCUCAUGCCCGCGUUUCCAGCUGAAAUCAGGUGAAGAAUAACAGCAGCAGCAAAAUUACAACGUAAACAAUAAUAACAGCAACAUCAUAUUUAAAGGAGAAGGAAUCAGAAAAGCGAACGACACAAAAUACGAAAAUACCGUCACACUUAUACACGUUCGAAGUCGGUGCGACGCAUUUAGGUGGAAUCAGUGGAAUUGAAUUGAACGAAAAAGGUGUGUUGAAGAGUCAAUAGUGAUAGUGAACGAAUGAAAGCAAAGCAAAGUGAUAAACAAAAAAGGUUGGCCAAAGAAAAACCUUCGGAAGAAAUGCAACGAAACGGAGUGCCAAUCCAUCGUAUAUGCUAGCUACCGAUUGUUGUAGUCAAAAGUGAAAUUGCGCUUGUGUGCUUGAUUGUUGGUUGCAUGGUUGGGUAAUUUGCAAACUACUGCGAACGAAGUGCAUAUAUUUCCAAUCACACAUCUGAAACUACAGCUGGCUUAAGGAUAACAUUACCGAUCCUGUAUUCUGAGAUAUUUUAAGAAACGACCGGUCGAGAAGUUGUGUACUAAUUAGAUCCGUUUAAAGACUCUGUCAUCCAUUGUCAUACAAAUGUCUCGCGCCAUCCAGCAUCCCUGGGCGUAGAUCAAGCCUUGUGCCGCAACCCGUUGCCGUUCCUUCGGACUAAAGCCGCAUCCUUCUAUGAUAAUGUCAAUGAAUGAAAAACGAAUGUUAGACCGAGAAACGCUCCGUUCUGUAAUCCAGCAAUGGAAUACGGUGCGACUGGAUAUUUUUGCUCUAUCAGAGCCGAACGAGAACUUGGAAUUCCAUGGCGUAAUGCGGUUUUACUUUCAAGAUGAAGGACAAAAGGUAGCAACCAAAUGUAUUCGUGUGGCUUCUGAUGCAACUGUAUCCGAUGUUAUCGAGACCUUGAUAGAAAAGUUUCGUCCUGAUAUGCGGAUGCUAUCCCUGCCAAACUAUGCGCUUUAUGUAGUACAUGCAAACGGCGAAGAGCGCAAGUUGAAUCCCGAUGAGAAACCCCUGCUGGUUCAGCUCAAUUGGCACAAUGAUGACCGGGAAGGACGCUUUUUGCUGAAGAAUUGCGCUCAAAAAACAAAUACUCUCGAUAGCAUUACCGAUCAGCCUAGCUUCAAACGGAAGCUCUCGAAGCGGGAAAAGAAAGAACAAAAGAAGAGGGAAAAACUUUCCAAAUUGCAGUCAAGUGGAGGUCCAGGUUCAGAGAAUCAUGUUGCCGAAAAACUUUAUACAGAAUUGCCUGAAACGUCAUUCACCCGGUCUAUCUCGAAUCCGGAGGCGGUGAUGCGCCGUCGAAGGCAACAGAAACUCGAGAAAAAGUUGCAGCAGUUUCGGUCACGUGAUGGAGGUCCCGACACCGGCGGGACGCUAAAAAUUUACGGUGAAAGUCUAUGUCGCGAUGUGCCUUAUAAAACUUUGCUGCUCUCGAUACGGGACUGUGCUCAAGCCGUAGUUCGAGAGAUGCUCUCAAAGUACGGCAUGGAUAAGGUAGACCCGCUGCAUUACUGUUUGGUACAGGUGAACAGCGAUGGGUCGGAAUAUAUUCUGGACGAUGAUGAAUGCCCUUUGUCGAUAUUGAUGAACCAUCCGACAUCCCGAGGAUCCAUUAUGUUCCAUGUUCGCCGGCGACCAGCUGAUUCUCAACCGCGGAGACGAAAGAAAAAACCGCUGGGCGUUUCGAAUGGUGGAGGGAAUAUGAGCGGCGACCGAGAAGGUCCGAUGUUGAUCGAAAUAACCCACAGCGGCGACGGUGGACGGCGAGUUAAGCUGGGUAGCGAACCUAUCGAGGUCGGUUCAGCGAACACCAAUGCGCUGCAACUGUUUGGACCGUCCAUUCAGGCGCGACACUGUCUAAUUUCACUGCACGAUGGCGUGUGUACUGUAACACCCCUGCAUGCCGAUGGAACCACUUUUGUUAACGGCCAUCACAUCCAGCAGCCUACGAUAUUACAUAACGGUUCAGUGGUGAUGUUUGGACGAGUAGCAUCCUAUCGAUUCGUGGAUUCUCCUUCUGACGGUCGUUACAACCUGGCUCUAUCCCAGUCGCAGCUUGAUUCCGCUUGCUUAUAUGAAAGCAGAUCGCCCACCUCACCUACCUCCUGGAAUGAAGAGGAAAGCCGUCCUAUCAGCCCGGUAAGUUCGGUGCAACCAGUUUCAAACCAGAAACUGACCAGCUACUUGGAUUCAACCGAUGGCGGAAAAUUGCUAGAUCAACAACAAAUAACCAAGCCACCAUCGUUCGAUAUUCAGCAUAGUAUGCAAACGUCUACCGUACAAUCUUCGACAAUGCCAGGAAACGUGAGUUCAUCUCAUUCUCACAUACAUCAAACGCAAAACUUACUUAUGACCAGCGUGGAUUCAGUGGAUACAGUAUCGACUGUUGGUGGUGUAGCGUUAAACGAUGACACCAAAAGUAUCGCUACUGCUGAUUUCAACGAGAACGAUAUUGGCAAUACUGAAACAGAGACUAAAUCGAUUUCUAGCUUGAAAUCUAUCGGAUCUACACAAGACAGGAUCAGCACAUUCCCAAAGCUGCAACCAUCGCAUGCGGCGGCAUCCAUUUCAAAUGAGCCCGGUGGUCAGGAGCCGAUACUACCCGCUGUUCUGGAGUUUCCCGAGCAGCACCAGGAAGCUUUUCUGCAGGCUGUUAUCAGUGAACUGGACGUCAAUUCGCCAAAUUUUAAGCUAGCCCCAGUGUACACACUUUACCUUUGCGCCAGAUACCGCGCCUCCACUCACUAUCGUCCAGAUUUACAACCAACCGAACGUGCCCACAAGUUAACAGUAUUCCUCCAUCAUGUUGCCAAUCUGAUCCAGAACGUUGUUCAGGAGCAGUACACUGAUGCCAAAAUUUUGUCGUUUUGGAUGGCCAACAGUUCCGAGUUUUUACAUUUCCUUAAAUCUGAUCGUCACAUAUCGGCCUUCAGUGUUCAAGCGCAGGAAGUCCUAGCUGAGAGCGUCCAAACAGCAUUCCGAAAUUUAGUGUCAAUUUUCCAUGUCGAGCUAUCGCAAACGCUUAACCAGUUUCUAUCCGAAAAUAUCGACCAUGAUUCUGCAGCUGGUUUAGUGCUUUCGGUGUUAGGUUCAGCGAUGGCUUUAUUGCGACGGUGCCGAGUCAACGCUGCUCUUACGAUUCAACUUUUUUCUCAGCUAUUCCACUACAUAAAUGUGGUAUGUUUCAACAAGUUUGUCACGACGUCGCACAUGUGCACCAGUGCCUGGGGUAAAGCUUUAAGCGAACGACUUUCACUGCUGGAGUUAUGGGCCGAAAAACAAGGCCUAGAGCUGGCGGCUGAUUGCCAUUUGGCCAGAAUAAACCAAUGCGCACAGUUUCUGCAGGCACCAAAAACAUCUGUAACCGAAGUUCAGCAGCUGGUGUGUUCUUGUUUCCGGCUAAAUUCGCUUCAGAUGGCUGCACUGCUCUCACAGGAAACUAUUCCGCGUAACCUGAUUGAUGCCACCGUGCGAAUGGCUGAAUCGGUCGCCGACGAAUUGAGCCGAGCGGAUGGUCGAGAAAUUCGGUUAGAAGAAUCGCCCGAAUUGCAUCUGGCACUGCUUCUACCGGACGACGGGUUUAGCUGCGACGUAGUUCGAGGUAUUCCUGCUGGCUUGGUCGAUUUUCUGAGCCCGUUUCAGAUGGCCAACAUGUGCCGGCUUGCCUCACAACCCACCAGUAUCGGACUAUGGACUGUGUAUAUGCAUCAGUUUAAUGGUCGAUCACCAAGUGUGAUGUCCAGUAAAUUACCAGAAAUUCAGAUCAUAAAGCUGCACAAAAACGCAAAUGGUAUGGGUCUGUCGAUUGUGGCUGCUAAAGGAGCUGGCCAGGAGCGCCUAGGAAUUUAUAUCAAAUCGGUGGUGACUGGCGGUGCAGCAGAUUUGGAUGACCGAUUGCAAGCUGGUGAUCAGUUGCUGGAGGUAGAUGGACAAAGCUUAAUCGGUAUCACCCAAGAGCGAGCAGCCGAUUACCUGGUACGCACCGGACCGAUUGUAACAUUGAAAGUGGCAAAACAAGGGGCCAUUUAUCAUGGGCUCGCUACCCUGCUACAACAGCCUAGUCCAGUUAUACAACGCGGAUCUUCAGCAAACAAAUCUCGCAGCAUCCAUAACCUAGCGGGAGGGAGCAGUCAAGAUCAAGGAUUUUAUCAAAAUCUUAGUGUUUAUCGUGCACAGAAUCAAAGUCAUCCCAACUUGGGCGAAAGACCUCCUAUGCCAUUACAAACAUCACUCAAUUCACCGGGUGCAUCAAUUAGCAGUGGAAAUAGCAGCCUGCAGCAAACACAGCAGCAGCCGCUCCUAAGCCGUCCAGCAUCUGCCUAUUUUAAUAGCAAUAAUAAUACCAAUCCAAAUACCUUAUUGUUAACAACACCAACCAGCUCGAUGUCGUACGCAAUGCCUAACCAACCGCAGCAUCAGCAAGCCAUCAGUACUAAUAUAUCACACCCGAACCUCACCGCUGCUGCCGGUUCUGGUACGAUAAACAAUCGUUUCCAAAAAAUACAGCAACAGCACCAACAACAGCCCAACGGAAACAAUUUCGUGCGCGAAUCACAAGGACAACAAAGCCUCCGAUUGAAUCAAAUAAUGGCCCCGUCGAUGCCCAAUAUCGCCCAUUCCUUCCAACAACAACAAUCGACGCAGCAGCCUCAUCAGCACUCGACUCAGCACCCUGGUGGCCUAUCAGCGAGUCAGAGCAUGCAGAAUGUCAAUAUGAUUGCAAGUGGCGGCAUUGGCUACCAAAAUGCCAGCCCAAUGAUGUCACCACAAUUGUAUCUGAAUGAACAACAACAGCAGCAACAACAGCAAGCCUCGCUACUUCGCGGUCAAGCGAAGAUAGCAGAGAUGAAUGAGCUGAUCAAACGACGCAAUCAACCUGCACCUCCGCAGCAGCGUCCCCAAAAUCAAGAUUCUUCUAUGAUGCCAUCCCCCUCCAUGCCGCAGCAGCUUAGCUACAGUGGUACUAGUCCUCAUCCAAGUACUCCACUUGCUUCUCAUAAGCAGCAACUGCCUCCAACGACAGCACCGAAACCGCAUCUACGUCCUGGGACAUCAGAUCAAGAACACCCUCCUUUACCUCCAACUAAUACACACCCUCUGUUCAAAACUACACCAGGCACUAAUACUAGUUCCACCAUUAAUGCGUACAGUUCAUCCGAUCCUCCAAAAGUUGGUUUCUAUCCAACAGUGCCACAGCAGUCUAAAAAUAUCACUCCGGGAAGCAAUCCUUGGGAACGAGAAGAAAAGGAAAAAGAAACGGAAAUGCGCCGGGAACAAAUGCGGGCAUGGAGGGAUCAGCAAAUUGCGGAGUUACAAUCUAUGCCUCAGCGAUCGCUCCAGCAGGAUGAACAGUUGCGCACGCUGAUGCUCGAUCGUGAUUUCGAAAAACGUGCUAUGGAGGAGGAUGCCGAUUUUGAUAAUGAUUCUUCCCCCUAUGGGAAAGACUCCUCGGGAGUUCAAGAAGUAUUAAGACUUACACAACCGCAAAGCACAAUUUCGGCACCGUUAACCAAGAUGAAGCAAGUCGACAUUAAGCCUGCUCCGACGCAGGGCUCCGAAACAGCUUAUAAUGAGGGUCAAUCUACAAACACCGUAGCAAACACUAUCGCGAGUUUCCAGCAGCAGGUCGCUUCCGCUAGUGCAUCAAUUCAACCGAAGAGCAUCCUUAAGCAUAACAAUAGUACUCCGUCAUCUCCCUCAAAGAGUACUGUAAAAUCAGCUAGUUUCGCUCAUCACGAUAAGCAGCUUAAUCUCAGUGAAAUCACAAUGAACAACACCAAUGCAAAUCAGAUGCUGUCUCAAAUGGCCAUUGAUAUGGGCCAAAUGAGUCUGAUCGAUCAGGGAGAAGAAGAAACUACCGAAAGUCAGUCGAAUGGUUAUCCUCAAGAUGCACUUAUUAAUGACCUUCAAGGGACGGCCCCUCCUCCACCACCUCCAGAACGUAAUAGCUCAUAUGUAAUAAUGUCCCAACAGCAAAAGAUUCGCAACAGUGCUACAAAGCUAACAUUUAACAACACAAACAUGAUUAUGACAGACCAUCAACAACAACAACAACAACAACAACAGCAAAAUAUCAUCAAUAACAACAGUAAUAACAACAACACACUUGGAAGACACAGCAACAAUCUCUUGACAACUGCUCCAACAUCUGGGGCUAUACUGCCUAACUUUGGAAUAACACCCACCCUAGGCAAUGCUCCGGUAAGCUCGAGUAAUAGUAUCAAUAACAACUACAGCGCUGCUAGCCUGGCUGGUGCCGCAUUUAGGGACAACAAGCGCGUUUCGUUCCACGACGAGGAUGCCGCUGCUAAUCUACUAAACAACAACAACGGUGGCGGAUUUUUCUCCGGAAACACCAGUAACAUUGGAAGUAGCUACACUGAGGCUGGACAUUUAAUAGGCAGUAGUGGAACGACAGAACAGGGUGCAUUGGGAACCAUCAUGGAGCGGCCAGAUCCUGAUCGCUUCAUUGAUGAGACCAUGCCUGCCAUGCUGCACACACCUACUACGCCUGAGGCGGAAAGUUGGAAUAUUCAAAUGCAAGCCACUCCAGGUGUGAUUGGUGCGCAAGAAGUGUAUCGUGAUCCCCGCACUCGUCGGCUAGCCGAACAACAGCAAAAGCAAAAAUCCGAACCAGUACCGGAGAAGUUGUCCUUCAAAGAGAAAAUGAAAAUGUUUGCACUAGAAUCAGGAGAGAACAAUACGCCGAAGGAUAAACUUAAAAUUUCCCGCGCCCAGCGUGACAUCGAUGCCGUGCACUAAAAAUCGAAGUUUAAACGUAUAUAAGUAGAGUAAAUUUCCUUCAGACUCUAUAUAAAUAUUUGGUGUGAAACCAAACGCUAUCAAGAGAGUAAGAGUAUUGUAUUUGUUUUAGAGUAAAAAAUUGAAAAGUUAUUUUUAAGUACUUUAGGACAUUACGCGAUUAUUGCGUAAAUCGGUUAUUUUGUAUACAUUUAGUUGAAUCAGGAGCAUUGGUUUGUAAUGACAAACACGUUAGGGAUUAUGGUGCGCAUUUUGUUAUUAUUUUUUUAGAAGUGUUUAUACGAGGAAAUUCUUACAAAAUGAAAAAUAAACAGACAGCUCUAUCUUAUUACUGUAAAACGAAACUAACGUCUCUUGAUGUAAGACCGGCAACAUACGGAUUAACCCCUCAAUUAUGGUGAUUAGGAAAAACAUGGAAGUGAUAAGCUCACUAGUAAGGAACCCAUUGGACCAAAAAACAAGAGAUAUAUUAAUUCUUACAACUUUUGCGCAUAUACUAGACGUGUUUUAUUGAAAGAUGUGUAUUUCAAGCAAAGGCGUAAAUAGAUAAUAACUUGUAUAAGUAAUAGGCUUUAUUCCCACAUAACAAGUGUAGCAAACGAAACUGUGGUAAAGUGUGGAACAAGUACAGAGAAAUACCCUUUCUACAAACAGAUGUUGAAGUGAUUCGUAUCGAAGUCCUAUUUUGACUAGAAUGAUAGUUAUUUUGUAUCACAACUGUUUCAAAUAAGUGACCUAAACAACGCAUACGAGAGUUGAUACGAGGAAGUUAUAAUGUGUACUUUGCCCUACCCCAAUUAGCGCUCAUAGACUACCCAGAGUGCAAUGCAUCUUAGGGUAUAUGGUCAAUUUCCCGAACCUCACUUGAAUUUUAAUGUUUAAUAAAUAAAGCUAUCUUUAACAUUCGCUAAAAUAGUCACAGACACAUUGUGUGAUUCGAAUACACAUUUUAUACAUGUUUACAUUUAAGAAAUCACUGUAUAGUACUAUAGAGUAUGUUAUUAAAAUGUUUUCCAACUUUGCAUUUUAUGUUUGAACAGACCAUAAAACGUGUGAACGCAGGUAAACAUGGAAAGUAUGAAAUAGAAACAAAGAAAAACAGUACAUUUAAGGAAUGAACGUUGAAACGAUUAUCUAGGUAAAUACUAAAAUGUUGAGGAAGUAUAAUACAGUAUAUUGUUGCAGCAUUUUAAGAAUAUUUCUACAUUACCCUAAAUGUCGGCUAUAUGCAAGUCUACUAGCAAAAAGUUUCUAGCAAGUUUUACCCGAUUCUAAUUCACUAAUGAUGGAAUAGAUAAUACGCAGUAGUACGCAUUUUUCAGCAAAGUAAAUAUUUUAAAUCAUUUUACACGAAGACAACAAACAUACAGACAUAUUCUUUAAUAGUAAGAGUGUUUAUUGAUCAAUAAUACACAACACGCGAAAAACACUUAGCGAUGCACAUGCGAUUCAAGCAACACAAAUGUAAUACAUUUUCAAUAUUUAUCAGAUGAUAGCGUAUAAUAACUCAUAGUAGAUUUUUAAUAGGAUUUAGAUAAACACAAUAACUAACAUUCACUACUUUAACAGAAAAUACAACAACCAUACAUAUGUUAUUACAUUGGUUUAUUUGAGAGAAAAUUCAGGAUUAUGAGUGAGAGUGACAAGAAAAACAAGUACGUCCUAAUUCCCAGCACCUUCAGGUAAUGCAUCCAAAUACGGUCGGUAUUACAUUGGAGUGGUUCGACUGAACACUGAACAAGGCUUCGAGCCGCAACCGAAUUACGCGUAUCUGUAAAUGUCUAGAAAUGGAAUAUAGCAGAAGUAAAAGUAUUUUUUUCAAUUUUGUCUCCUCUAUUCGCGAUUUCUACUAAGACGCUUGAAAAUA